ACGUCGAAGGAUUCAUCAACAAAUGCUAUUUUUAAACUUGUUUUUUACGCCAUCAUGGACCAAAUAUUGAGGGGAAUCGCAAGUUCAGAUCACGUUGAAAGCGUCAAGAAGUCUCUUAUUCAACAGCUGGUCUCAAAACUCAAUGGGAAUGUCCCAGAGGAUCAAAACAGAUCUAUCUUUGAAAUUGGAACUGAAUGGAUGAUAGAUGAAAACUCGCAAUUUUUGAAUGAAACUGGUCGACUUUUGCUCACCACAUGGGCUAAACGCCAAAAAGAUGUCUUUCAGAAGUAUUUUACAGAAAGUUUCCUUCUAUCUUUUCUUGCUGAGCGCGAAAAUUUAUCUGUGAGUUUUGUGGAUUAUCUACGCACCUCCCUUGAUCUUGUUCAACACACACCACAGAUAUUUUCAAUGUACACAGUAAUUCGCCACAGGGCUCAUAUCUGGGCGGAAAAGAAUUUGAAUACGGACUUCUGUGCGGCUGUGGCACGUCUUCUCAUCGAGUAUAACCACUGUUGGCCGGUUGGCGAAAAUCUACUCCAGUUUAACCUGUCACUGAUUAGAGCUUUAAGCAAAACUGAACUGCCGAAAACUUCAAAAGAGGAAAUGACGGCAUGUAUUCAAAAUGGUGCAGUCAUUGGGGCUCUCUUGAAUAAGAUGUGGACAAAGAAUAAACCCCUGCUAUUUCCAGUUUUAACUGAGAUUUUUAAGAUUAUUUCCAAAGUGGGAGAUAGUCCAUCAGUAGCACUUGCUUCUGUUGUGCAGUACUUCUCCACUGAUAUAAUAGACUCUGCGACAAACCUUGCAGCUUCAAACCCUUCAGUAAGUGAAGAGAGCUUGGCUCAUUCUCUUACACGAAUGAUUAAAUGGCUGUCAUGGCCUGGUGCAAAGAAGGUUGAUCAAUGGAUUAUUGGGUUCUUAAAGGCUUUGGCAAGCAACCAGAAACAUUCCAUUCUCAUUUCUGUCACAAUUAAGGAGGUGUCCCAGGUUUUUAGCCGCUUGUUAUUCCCUGUUGUUCGUGGGAGUACCAUGGUUGUCCUCUCUCACAUGCUGCUGAGCUUUCAGCACUCUCCCCAAGCAUUUCAUGAGAUUGUUGUUUUAGUACCUAGCCUUGUGCAGACUCUAAAGAAGGAAGACAGUGUUUCUUCACAAGCUACAUUGCAAACACUUGCCGAACUUAUGCACUGCCUGAUGUACCAACACACAGGCUUUCCUGAGCUGUAUGGACCAGUUGUUGACUGUCUACAGGAUUUACCCAAACCUUCCGAGGGGAUGAUCAAAAAGUGGCUAGCUCAAAGUGCUUGGUCUGCACAAGCUGUCAACAUUCCACUUCCUGGCUUUGCACCAAAGUCUGAAACUGGAAAAACUGGUUUGGCUAAUCUAGGCAACACUUGUUACAUGAACAGUGUAUUACAGGCACUCUACAUGCUUGAUGAGUUCCGUUUCAUGAUCUUCAGCCAUCACGGUGACCACAAUCAACCUGUCAUCCAUCACCUGCAACAAGUGUUUGCUUUUCUCUCUCUAACACAGAGAUCUGCCUUUGCCCCAUCGAAGUUCCUUCAAGUGGCGAGACCUCCAUGGUUUGCACCGGGAACCCAGCAAGAUUGCUCAGAAUUCCUGAAGUUUCUUCUUGACAGACUCAGCGAGGAGGAAAAGUCACAAAACAACAGCAACGAUGAAGGGUCGCCAAGGAGGUCGCUAGUAGAGGAGACCUUUACUGGCAAGCUGAUGGUAUGUCUGUGCUGCAGGCGAUGUAAUAACACUUCUUGCAGAGAAGAAGUGUUCACAGACCUACCGCUGGCUUUUCCACAGACUGGUGAAUUGGAGGGUAGAAUGGUCUCUGACCAGCUCGGUGAACUGCCGUCAGAUGAUAAGCAACCGGUUGAACAUGACGAAAAGCCUGUGACUUCAACUGUGAGCUCCGACAGAAGUCUGAAAGGUGGUGAUAUUACUCACAAUGUGUCUGCGGCUGGCCUAGCACAAAAGACAGUCGAAGAUAGCGAUGCUGUAGCUCCGAGUUCAUCACACAGCUCCACCUCAGUGGAGAGCUCAAUGCCUUUUUCUGCCGGUUCGAGUGUUUCGUCGAAAUGUCGCGAGGCUGGCGUUCGAGCUGAUGCUCCUCACAUUUCACUGACAGAGAUGUUAGAGUACUUUUUUGAACCUGAAAUUCUUGAAGGAUCUAAUCAAUACCAUUGUGAGCACUGCCAUAGUUUACAGGAUGCUGAACGUACCGUUAGCAUUUCCAAUGCCUCAGAAUUCCUCGUGUUGACCCUAAAGAGGUUCGCUUAUAAUGUGAAGACCCAGCAAAGGUCGAAGAUACUACAAAGUGUGUCUUAUCCUAUGGUUUUAAAACUACCGCGAAUUCAUCUCAAAGGAGUUGAUGAUAAGAUAGAAAGAGAAGCGAGAAACAGCGUCCCAGAUGUCAAUGACAACAAGAACGACGAUAUUGUCAGCUACUCUUGUUUCAAGUCUAAAAGAACAAAGCAAGAACAUGACAGUGUGGUUGUUGAUAGCUCAAGCAGUGACACUUCUUUGUCCUCAAACGAGGAAACAUUCACAGCAGAUAUUGUUUACGCGCUGUGUUCAGUUAUCGUUCAUUCCGGGACUUCAUCGGAGAGUGGACAUUAUUACUGCUACGCGCGAUCUAGCGCGCAUUUGAUGAGGAGGGAAGGCGACAAGAGCUCUAGUUCUAGAAGCGAUGAUCAAGACACGUGGUAUCUGUUUAAUGACAGUCGUGUGUCUUACUCGGCGUUCAAUUCGUUUGCUGAUGUAUCCCGGCGUUUUCCUAAGGAUACCCCCUAUGUGUUGGUCUAUAAGCGAGUCAGCUCUUUUCGUGCUACAAUCAUUCCAGUGGAAAACAGUGGUGAUUCUGCGCAGGAUAAUUUGGUUAGCGGUGAGAUCAGACAGGAGCUGGCGGACAUUGUCGAUCGUGAUAACCUCUUAUACUUGCAGGAGCGAGAGCGUCAAGUAAUGAACACUGCCAAGCGAAAAGCCUGGUCAAACUUCUACCAGCCACCCGACGACGACGAUGAUGAUCCCAGCAAGGGUCCCCCAGGGAGCUGUGGAGGCGGACCAGGAUUUACAACCCCAUUCAACCGUUUCGUCUUCUAGCCAGUGUAGUUCAGCUGGAUUGUGACUUGUAUGUACCUGAUUGGUUGUAAAACUUUUCAGCAUUCUUUCCAGUGGAUACUUUCACAGUGUUGUAAAAACAUGUAAAGCGGCGUUUUGUCGUGGUUAAAAUGAAAACUGGGUCUGAUCCUAGACUGUGUUUCACAGGAUUUGUCUGUGAAAUUAAGGGACUUUUCAUAAGAGCGCUAUGAGUGGAACGAAUUUUUCAUUCUGUUCAUAUGGAAAAUUUCAGCUCAGAUAGCGAGCUAAGAUUUCAAUCCUAACGGGGUGCCAAAUCUCAAGUUUUAUCUUUGUAAACGGAUGGGGGUGUUUAUUUGGGAAAUUUCAAGCCUGGGUGAUUAAGUUUGUCUGGAGAGGCCAUUGACAAGACGUGCAAACCCGAACUGCCUUGUAUCUUGCUGUUGCUUCUACCGUCGUCCUUCUGAGAUUUAUUUUGUCCAAACCUUUUUAACGUCUUGAACUAACUCGAUUUACGAUGGCCAAAUAUGAGAUCGUCUCAAUUUUGAUGGGAACAAAUCUGAGUUUUUUUACCUGAAUUCAAUGGUACAAAAUCUUUCUAAGUCGCUUCAAAAACCUUUAUAUCCAAGGGAGGAAACACGAAACGUUAGUUAAGAACAGUGUAGAUCAUGUAAAUAUGAUGUAUGAUAAUUAAGAAGGAACUGUGGCUUCAAAAUGUCACCUUAAAACUGUCAUUCGAUUUUAUUUUGAUUUAUUUUAUAACACUCUGAUAAAGAUUACUACACUUUUGUGGAAA